AUGCCAUACCAGAGUGUGGCAAGGUGUUAUGCCGAUGCCAAUGGAAAGAUGCCAACCAGCUACUGGGACUAUGACAAUCUCCAGGUUGAGUGGGGUGUCCAGGACAACUACGAAAUCAUCCGAAAGGUUGGCCGUGGUAAAUACUCGGAAGUAUUUGAAGGAAUCAACAUCACAAACAACGAGAAAUGCGUCAUCAAAGUACUCAAACCUGUAAAGAAGAAGAAGAUUAAGCGCGAGAUUAAGAUCCUCCAAAACCUUGCCGGUGGACCUAAUGUAGUUGGUCUAUUGGAUGUCGUCCGAGAUCCCCAAUCCAAAACUCCUGCACUCGUUUUUGAGUAUGUGAACAAUAUGGACUUUAAGGUCCUCUAUCCAAAGUUCACUGAUUACGACAUUCGAUUCUACAUGCUUGAACUUUUAAAGGCUUUGGACUACUGCCACUCUAAGGGUAUUAUGCACCGUGAUGUGAAGCCACACAAUGUGAUGAUUGAUCACGAAAAGAGACAGUUGCGUUUGAUCGAUUGGGGUUUGGCAGAAUUCUACCAUCCAGGAACUGAAUACAAUGUGCGUGUAGCAUCACGCUACUUCAAGGGACCUGAACUUUUAGUUGAUUUCCAAGAGUAUGAUUACAGUUUGGAUUUGUGGAGCUAUGGUUGCAUGUUUGCCAGUAUGAUAUUCCGUAAGGAACCAUUCUUCCAUGGGCAUGAUAAUUAUGAUCAACUGGUGAAGAUUGCACGUGUGCUUGGAACAGAUGAGCUAUUUGCUUACUUGGAUAAAUAUGACAUUGAAUUGGAUCAGCAAUACCAUGACAUCCUUGGAAGAUAUCCUCGUAAGCCUUGGUCAAAGUUUAUUACCAAUGAUAAUCGCCGUUUUGUAUCGGAUGAAGCCACUGAUUUUCUUGAUAAGUUGCUGCGUUACGAUCACCAAGAACGACUUACUGCACAGGAAGCAAUGUCUCACCCGUAUUUUGACCUUGUCAAAGAGAAGUCUUCCUGAACGACGAAUCAUCUACACAAACAAAAGAACACUUUU